UGUCCUGGAGGAACGGGGGUAAAGGUGGCAGAGCCACAGCUGCUGCCUCCAAGGACAUCUGUGCAGCUCCCUGGGAGACCCUCUGCCCUCUCCCCCUCCCGCCAGCCUGGGUGAGCAGGGACCAAGCUUGCUGAUUAUCACCUGACGCUGUGCAGCCACUGAUCCCAUUGGUGGAGCCAGAUUCGGUCUGGCUCUCCCGUUCUUGCUCGCCUUCUCUGCCUCUCUCUCCUCCACGCCGCUUGGAUUUCGUUCUUGCUUCUCUUCUUCCACUCCUCGCACUCGGCUGGGCUGGGCACGUCGUCGUGUUGCUGCAGCAGCAGCCCUUUGCUGCGGAGCCAGACAGGAGCUGCCUGCGGGGCAUGGAAGCUGCCUCCUUGGCAGCCGGGAGAGGAGUGAGCACGAGUCUCUGCCUGUGACCCAGGCGUCCAGCCGCUGUCUCCCUGCCUAGGGAGCUCAUUCAUACAGAGGUCCUCCCUUCCUUCCCUGCCCGGUCUUCCUCUACCGCGCCCGGGAAAGCCAGUUCCCACAGGGGCCAAACCAGAGGGGAGCAUGGAGCUGCUGUCUACCCCCCACAGCAUCGAGAUCAACAACAUCACCUGCGACUCCUUCCGCAUCUCCUGGGCCAUGGAGGACAGUGACCUGGAGAGGGUCACCCAUUACUUCAUCGACCUCAACAAGAAAGAGAACAAGAACUCCAACAAGUUCAAGCACCGGGAUGUCCCUACCAAGCUAGUGGCCAAGGCCGUGCCACUGCCGAUGACAGUGAGAGGCCACUGGUUCUUGAGCCCCCGCACAGAGUACAGCGUGGCUGUGCAGACAGCCGUGAAGCAGAGCGACGGGGAGUACCUGGUGUCUGGCUGGAGUGAGACCGUGGAGUUCUGCACUGGGGAUUAUGCCAAGGAGCACCUGGCCCAGCUGCAGGAGAAGGCCGAGCAGAUUGCCGGCCGCAUGCUCCGCUUCUCUGUCUUCUACCGCAAUCAUCACAAGGAGUACUUCCAGCAUGCCAGGACCCACUGCGGGAACAUGCUGCAACCCUACCUGAAGGACAACAGCGGCAGCCACGGCUCCCCCACCAGCGGCAUGCUCCAUGGCGUCUUCUUCAGCUGCAACACUGAGUUCAAUACAGGCCAGCCCCCCCAGGACUCACCCUACGGGCGCUGGCGCUUCCAGAUUCCCGCCCAGCGCCUCUUCAACCCCAGCACCAACCUGUACUUUGCAGACUUCUACUGUAUGUACACGGCCUACCACUAUGCCAUCCUGGUGCUGGCACCCAAGGGCUCCCUGGGGGAUCGCUUCUGCCGCGACCGCCUGCCCCUCCUGGACAUUGCCUGCAACAAGUUCCUGACCUGCAGUGUGGAGGAUGGGGAGCUGGUCUUCCGCCAUGCCCAGGACCUCAUCCUGGAGAUCAUCUACACUGAACCUGUCGACCUGUCCCUGGGCACCCUGGGAGAGAUCAGCGGGCACCAGCUCAUGAGCCUGUCCACUGCUGACGCCAAGAAAGACCCCAGCUGCAAGACCUGCAACAUCAGCGUGGGCCGCUAGGGACUCCUGGGGAGCUGGGGGUCAGGGAGAGAUGGCAGGAGGGUGGCUUAGGUUUAGGGAGCUGGCUUUCUCUCCCCUGCCCCCUGCUCCCUUGGGUCCAUCUGUCCACCCCACCCCCACCCCUUGGCAUUGGAAGCAACCGAGGGUGGUCUUCUUGGUAAACGUGGCCCACCCCAGGCCUGGUAGACUUGCAAGGGCUUCUCAGCCUCAGGAGGUCCGUGGAUAGGCGGGAUUUCUGGAGAACUUCCCCUUCCUUUCCUCUGCUUUCCUUUCCUGAUCUCUGCCUUAUCCAAGCCUCCAUUUCCUAGAAUCCUGUCUGCCCCCAGGCUCUCCUGGGGAAGCCCCUCAGGGCCGAAGCCCACAUGUAGCUUGGCUGCCUCCAGAGAGAUGCAGAGAGCUGUGGGGCACCAUCUCCUUAGCCCCACCCCCACUCAGGGCCACUCCAGAGAGCCCCCUCCCUGCUGAGCUGGGCCUGGGGCUUCCCACUCCAGGCUGGGACUCUCCCCUCUAUAAAUAACCUCCCGCACCGCUGUCAUGCCCUGGCUGCCCCUUGCCCAUGAGAACCCUCUUCCUGCAUGGGAGAGCUGUCCUUCCCCUCCUCCACUUGUCCACUCCAGAUGUCGCCCUGCUCUCUAGAGAGGGAGCCCCUUUGUCUCCUGGCUUUGGGGCUGCAGGCUGUCGGGCUUUUCCUUUCUUCUGGCUGGAGAUGAUAUAUCCCCCAGCAAAACUUUCCCUGGCUCAGAGAGCACAGGGGUCUGGAACAGUAGCUACUGGGGUCCAGGAGGGGGAAGAAGACCCCUGAGACCCCGUCCUCAGCCAGACCUCACUUGACAUGGCCAAGAGAUGUGGAACUUGAGAUCUGAAGGCUACCUGCAGAGCCCUGGCACCUCACCUGGCUGUGUGCUUCGCUCACCUGCUCUGCCACGGUGCAGUGCUGCUCUGCACCGGGUGGGAAUCAAUUGGGUUCUGGGCCAGUCCAGCCCCUGCACCUGCCCACUGGCCAUUGCCAGGCAUUCCCUGGGCGCACUGGGUGACGCCGUCUCUGGGCUUCCUGUGUUCUCACCUUCUCCUCUUGUUGUACAGGUCAUGAUGCUGGUGAACUCCCCUGCCCUGCCAAGAGAAGCAAAGCAGGGGAUGGGGGGACCAGGGAGGUGCUGGUGGAAGCAGCACAGGGUGGCACCACUGUGACUUUCACAGAAGUGACAGGGUUGGUAGAUACACAGCUGGAUUUGUGUGAUGAAAGACAGAGUGGCUGGCAGGCCAACGAGGCUCUCCCUGGGUGCAGGGACAGGAGCAGUGCUGUGGUGGGUUGAGGCUGGGGAUGGUUGGGAGGCUGAGGCCUCUAGGAGACUUGUGGUAAGGGAGAGGAUGUGGUCGGCAGGCCCUCCCCACCCUGUGCGAAUGGCAGUGCUUGGGGUGGUCUGCUGCUCUUCUCCAGCCCAGCGUCCUCCCGGGCAGGGGCACAUCCGCCUGUGCUGUGCUUGCGAUAUACAUCAAUAAACCACAUGGCCUGAG